AUGAAAAUCGCCCUGGGGAGGACCACGUCGUGUGGCUGCGACUUCGGGUGGGCACACGUGGUAGGGAAGUACUGGCAUAAGGCGGUUGGUGCACAUCAGGCUGCUGAACAUCUGGCAGAAACAGUUGCCACGCCCAAAGCAAGGGAAGGCGCCGAGUACGUAGUUUGCGCGUUUUGUGAGACACUGGGGCCGUCCACAGCGAAAGAAGCAACGCGCGGAGACGCCACCCUGAUGCAACAAUCGUUUCAAACGUCUCAAAAAGCAAAUGCGCCGGAAACUCCGGCUUCACAUCCGUGCUGGGGCGAUCGGUACGCGGGCCCCUGUCUACCGUCAGCAGGCACGGCAUGGAAACACAGUUGUGCUGUUUCUAGGAUACUAGAAGAGGCAUGA